UCGGCGGUGACGUCAGGGCCAAUGGCGGCGGCCGUGGCGCUGGAACCCUGGGUGCAGGCGGCCCCGCGAAGGAGGCGCUCGGCGGCGGCGAAGCGGCCGCGGCGGAGGGAGGCGGAGGUCGGCGGCCGGGAGGCAGAGCCCGAGGCGGACAGCGGAGUCGUGCUGCGUCGGCUCCGGGAGGCCCAAGGGGACCUGCUCGUCUCUGACUUCUGGAGCGCAGCCUUGGAAACCAUCAGCCAGUGUCUUAUAAAACAGCUGGGACAACUGGAGGCUCCCGUAGGGACCCUUUCAGAUGCCCUUGGAAACCUGCAUCUCACCUCACCCGAUGAGCAGGAUGUGGCCCCUGACCCCAACCCAGGAGAGGCCCUGGUCAGGGGAGUCUGCCACAUCAAGUGUGUGUGCUACGGCAUUGGCAGCUUUGCCACCUGCGUCACAGCGAGAACCCAGCUUGCGUUUCUGCUUCUGUUCCUGGAAAAGUGCCAGAUCCCCAGAAGUCACUGUUGGGUCUAUGACCCUCUGUUCAGCCAGCUUGAAAUCGCUGUUCUUCACUCCCUCGGGGUGACUGUUCUCCCUGAGAACGAGGAAGGAAAGCGGAGUAUUUGUGGCCAGCCCACCAUCUUCUACAUGCCCCACUGCGGGACAGCCUUGUACAACAACCUUUUAUGGAGCAACUGGUCAGUAGAUGCCCUUUCUAAGAUGGUCAUCAUCGGGAACAGUUUCAAGGGCCUGGAGGAGAGGUUGUUGACAAGGAUUCUGCAGAAAAAUUACCCUUAUGUUGCAAAGAUUCUGGAAGGGCUGGAGGAAGUCGAGCUGCCUCAGACACCCCAGUACACAGACACCUUUAAUGACACCUCUGUUCACUGGUUCCCUGCACAAAAGCUGGAACAGCUCUCCAGGGAUGUGUGGGCAUUUGGGGAAGAACCAGAGUAUCAGGACUGCGAGGACCUUGAAAUCAUCAGGAAGAUAACGAUAGACCCUGUUGCUGACCUGCACUCACUACAGUGCACCUCACCAGCUGAGGUGCUUUUAGGAUGAUGUAUAGCCUGAGAACUCAGUGUGAAGACCGACACUGGUCAGCCAGGUGCGGUGGCACAUGCCUGUCAUCCCAGCAGCUCAGGAGGCUGAGGCAGGAGGAUUGUGAACUCAAGGCCAGCCUCAGCAACUUAGUGAGGCCCUAAGCAACUUGGUGAGACCCUGUCCCUAAAUAAAAUAUUAAAAAGGGAGCUGGGGAUGUGGCUCAGUGGUUAAGCACCCCUGAGUUUAACUCCAGCACCCAGAACAGGACUGA